AUGAACGAGCAAUACAUCUCCCACCUUGAAUCAUUAAGCAACUUACUCUACACAGCACAGAACGAACAAGUAAACAUCAUUUAGGAAAGAUCUAACGCAGGCCAAGCUCUCUGCAAUGUUUUAGAGUCUUCAGAAAAUUUCAAGAAUUUGAUCCCAAUCCUAAACAUCUCGCAAAACUCAAAUUUAAUUUUUCUGACAGUUCGAGCAAUAACAAAAGUCCUUCCAUCAGAGUGAAAGAUGCUUUCUAAAGAAGAAAAAAACAUCCUUUAUCAAGAAAUUUCCAAUAUGCUUUUUGAUCAGCAGCCCAGACAAAGUUUUGUUAUAACAGGACUAGCCAAAGCACUAGCAAGAAUAAGCAGAUUAGGAUGGCUUGAGUCAGAUUCCAUAAAAAAUGUGGUCGGCUCUGUACAGCAAAUCAUUGAACAAAAUUUGUUUUUCGCUGAGCGGGGCUUUAAAUUCUUCGGGGAAAUCCUCAAUGAGAUGUCAGAACCAAUUAAAAACCGGCCUUUAUCAGUCAAUAGAAGAACUGCAAUUAGCUUUAGAGAUGAAGCAAUGGAGAAGAUCUUUGCAAUGUGUGUGUAUUUUUUGUCAAAAGUACAAGAAAUCCCGAAUAGCUUGAUUAUGGAAGUUCUUAAUGUUUUAAUACUUUCUAUGACUUUUGAUUUUUUAGCUAUUUGCUCAGAUGAAACUAAUGAAGAUUCUUUGUGCUUGCAAAUUCCUUUAACAUGGAAAGGACACUUUGAAAAUCCUGUGUCGUUGGAUUAUUUAGAAUUUCUGAUUAUUAAUGGAAAUAAUGAAGUUGAAUCUUUAGCAAUGAGAGCCUUUAAUCAUAUGGGAGCAAUCAGGAAAAGCAUUUUUGCAAAUAAUCAGGAAGGGAAAUUUAAUUAUGAACAAAAAUAUUUAAAGAUUUUGGCUGAUAUAGAGAAAUAGGCAUUUUAUAUUAUAUUUUGUAAAUGAAAAUUAAAAUUUAUGCAAAAAAAAAAAUUUCAGAUUUUUGCAAAUUAAAUUUGUCCUUGGGAGAAAAAUGUUUAAUGAGGAGUAUCAUAACAAAUAAAAAUAUAAGCGGUGACACAAAAUUCGAAUACAUGACCACAUGCAAGCGAUUUUUUUCAAAUUUCAACUUAAAAGAAUGCUGCGAGCAGAUAGCUUUUAACAACUGAAUCAAUGCGCUGGCAAAUUUUUCUGCUGGAUUGUUCUCCAAUAGAGAAUCAAUAUAUUCUGGAUAUGAGAGCUCAUUUCAUAUUUGAAGCUAUCUAGCUUAUGAAGCCCAUCAUCAACUUCCUCAAGGAAACCAAAUAGAGCUCUUCCUUCCAAAGCUGUUUGAUUUGUUUUUGCAAUCGACCUUAAACAAUGCAGCUCCAGAUCUACUUAAUUUCCCCUUCAAGGUGAGUAAAAAAAUUAAUAAAAUGCCUAAUUUGAAAAAAAUUAUCCUCCUUUAAGAAUAUAAAUAAAAUGGCAGGUGGUGAGUGACCGGCUCUCCGUGGCGGGGGUCCUUAUCUGUAUCCGGAUGCAGUUUUUGGUGCAAAGAGCUUCCCAAGGGUUGGGCUAGCCUCGAAACGAGAGGCCUCGCAUUAUUUCUGGUGGUUAGUGGCCUGGCUCGUGUGGGAGUUUUUUACGUAAUUUUUUCUAGGAUGCCCAAGCCCAGGUGGGUGUCUGAUAAAGACAGGAAAACUUAGCUGCCUAGGCUGCUUCAUGGCCUGCCCCAAAUCGUGUAAGCGGUGAGCUAAUCAUUUGGUAAUGAAUCAGGGAAAAAGAGAAAACGGGCCAGAAAGACUCUCAAAAGCUACAGUCUCCUACUUUAAAGGGUCCCGUGAAAGGGGUGAUCUGACCCAAGCAAGCAGGGUUGAUUAAGCUGAUUUCUUGAGUUGGAAAUGAGAUUCCCGGCAAAGCCCGUAUGACAUGGGAUUACGGAGGGAACAUGCCUCUACCGAAAAGCCGGGGUUUCUGCCCGUGCUCAAGUUAACUAUGGAACACCCUCCCACAGCUCACGCCGUUGAGUCCAUGAUGCUCAUGAAGUGAGGACUAUAAAGACACAUUUUAAUCUAAUAAUAAUCCCCUUUAAGAGAAAGAAAUAAUUUUUUGCAUAGCAUAUUUGUAUAUUUAGUUAAUGAUUACUAUAAUAAGACACCAAGCUAAUAUUACGAAAUUUUAAACAUUUUUCAUUCUUAAGAAUAAGUUUAAAAUGUUAAAUUGAUUAUUUUUUCAAAUUAGGAUUUUAAAAACUGAAAAUAUACCCUUUUAAGGGGAAGCUAGUGAAGAGUUUGAAAAUGAAUUUAAAGACCAAUUAACACAAAUAGGACAAUUCUGCCAAUACUAUUAUCCACAAUUUGUUGUUUUGGUAGAAAGAAAUUACUCUGCAGCUCUAAAUUCAUAUGAUUCAGCUAGAUCUCAAGGCCUAAGCCUAGAAGCUUCCGAAGUAAAAUUAGCUUGGCUAACUUUUAUUGCUUCAUCUUUAAUUUCUUUAAGAGAAAAGAAGGUAAACCAAUCUGAAGAGCAUCUAGAUGGCCCAAUGAUUAAUUUUGUGUUACAACUAGCAGCACAAACUAGUUUGUACAAUCCAUUAGAAUGCUUAGAAGCAUCAAUCGUUCAUUUUAUGACAGCCUUGACGAAAUCAUAUAUAAAUUCCCCUCAUGAGACUAUAUGAAUUUUCUAUGAAAAAUCAAGAGGUGUAGAUGAUGGAGCUGCACAGAUUAUUGCUGAAGAAACAUUGAAAUUCGUUAUAAAAUCAUUGCUCAAUAAAUUAAUACAUAAUUUGGCAAGAUACUCUGAAGGCAGAAUAGUGAGAUGGACGUUAGAAUUGUUUGAAUGGCUAGCCAAAGGCUUCUAUAGCAGUAAAAUUUUGGUUAAAAUUGAUAUAAUCCAAAAUUUGAUGAUUCAGUAUGAGACUUACCAAUUAUGCACCACAAAUGCUAAAUACCGUGAAAGACUGUAUUUUGCCUUAGCCAACCUAUGGACAAAUGAAGAGGUUCAAGAGCCCUUAACUCAUUUCUUGAGGCCUAUUGGCUCUCAAAUCCAACGAUUAUUGAUGACUCCUAACGAGACCGAGCUGCUAUUUUUAUAUAAAGAGCUGAAAGGGAUUUGUGGGGUGCUUUUCAAUGCAAAGCUAUAUAAUGAAUUUUUCGAAUGGUUUUAUGAAGGAAAUAUUUCAAUUAUUUUUACUACUGUCCAAAACUACAUGUAUAACAACAAUCUCAUUAAUUCUUUAUUAGGAUUUCUUACUGAGCUCGCAUUUUCUAGAAAUACAAGAAUAGCAUUUGAUGUUGCAUGUGCUUAUGGUAUUAUUAUUUUCAAAAAUUUAAGCCACAUUUUGGCAUCUUGCUGUAAGUCUUUGAUAGAGCAGCAAAUUACUCAAGAAAAUUAUAAUAUCUUUUAUAAAAGGAUAAAAAAUAUAUUGAAGCUUGUAGUGAAGCUUUUAAGUGGAAAUUAUGUGAAUUUCGGAGUUUUUGAAGUGUAUGGAGAUACGUGCUUCCUUGAGACAAUAAGCUUGUGCUUCUCAGUGCUUGAUAAAAUCCCAAAAUCUGAAGCAAUUGUAUUUUUUAUUUAGACAUUCAGCAAGCUAGUUGACAACAUUUAUGAAUUCCUUGAACUAGUGACAAAAUCCCAUUUGAAGACUGUAUUCACUCAGCUUCAAAGUUCAUGCUAUUCUACAAUAAUUUUUUAUGUUCUCCAAGGCUUAAACUCAACCAGUGAUUUUCAUUUAGACAUGAAAAAUUGUUUAUCUGCUUCAAAUGCUACAACUUUUAUUUGUGAUUAUAUAAUACGAAUUGGAGCUAAAAACACACAAGAAACUGAAGCUGUAAAAAGAAUCUUAAAUGAGUUCCCCUCAAGCUUAACUGAUUUGCUAAGUCAGGUAAUGGACAUUAUCUUAACUGAAGACAGCAAUUAUAUGUGAACUCUUAGUAAGCCACUAUUAGGACUUCUCAUUAUUAAUGAAAAUUCAUUUGAGCAAAUUAAAAAUUUUUCAAUUACAAAAGCUACAAAUAAUCCCCAGUCUCAACAAAUUUUAAAUGAAGCUUUAUCGAAGCUAAUGAAUGGUAUAGCUAGGAGUAUGGACUCAAGAAAUCGUGACCGUUUUGCUAAAAAUUUCAAUGACCUAAGAUCAGCUUUAAAUUUGGUUAACUAA